CCACUACUUUUGUUGAGAGUGGUAAAUGGGAUAGGUUUGGAAUUUAGGAAUUAGGUUAGGAUAGAUCGAGUUGUUGGAGUACUGGUAAAUAUGUCGAGUUUAGAUAGCCCAUGUUAAACUCGAAAAAAGACAUGUGAAUUUUUGGCAAAAUGUGACGUGUCACAGUCAUGUUUGCCGAUCACAAUAAUGAGUUGGCUUAACAUAUACAGAAGGUUCUUUUUCAUACAAGCUGAGCCGCUGAGCCACUAUCUGAAUGUCAUGAGUACUAUAUCCAUUGUGCAACACAUGCGAUUCGAGCAUCGGGUGUUAAGUUUGAAGCCAAGCUCUCGCGCUUUCGGAGCAUGAGAUGCAUCAUUACGAACAAGACUACAAAAUUUAACAUGCUAGUGGACUUGGUUCAUUUUUUUUUUGGUUGGCUACAUCGUGCGUACAUGUAUUAUGUGUUAAAUAAAUGAGCAUGACAUCCAAUAACAUAGGGCUACAACAUCGUGCUCGCCUUUCCUCGCCCCACAACACGACACUCACGUCAAGUGACUUUGGGAACUGAAACCUUAUUUCUCGAUGCACAAGUGUCACUAUGAGUAAUGCUCAUGUGAUGAAAUGUAUGUCACUCAUGAUAAUCGUUAAGGAUCACAUGUGAUUUGACAUUGUAGGUAUAAUAUUCCCACAUUAUACAAGUCGCCGGAGGAGAGGGCAAGGGUAGUUGUUAGGUAUCUUCGAAUCAAAUUUUUUUUUUAUCAUAAGUGAUUGAGGCAGAUUAAUAACUUAACAUAUUAAAACAUAAAUUAAAUUUGAAUUCUAGAAAGGUCGUACAUAAUUUAAUGUGGAUGUUGAGGCGUUUUGUUUGUUCGAAAACUGAGUUGAUGAGAGUAUAAACCUGAUCGAGUCUAGCUAAACAACCAACCAAAGUUGGAUGAGAAGGGUUUGAAAGAAAGUUCUACAAUUACAAGGCUCAAUAUGUAAUUGACAUGAACAUAAACCCUAGCAAACAAACCCACCUCACUACCAAUAAUUUUAUAACUAACCUCCACCAAAUGUAUUAUAUUCAUUUGAAAAAUAGACCCAUUAAUAAUUAUUAAAAAAAACACCAAUAAUUACCUUUACCAUCAUUUGGUAUAUUUUUAUAUUUUAAAUAUUAUUAUUUAAAUUUCCCCUCUCAAAAAAAUUUGGUUGGGGGAUCUCAUGAUUGGGUGCCAGCUUUAUAAGCACCAUCUCUUCUCUUCCCCACAGCACAACUCCACAAACAUAAAGCCCGCACCUUUUUCCGGGAAAGAACCAAACCCAGUUGAGGAAACGGAGAGAAAUCAGCAGAAAGCCCAAAAAAAUGGGAAGAAUCCCUCGCCAGAUCAACAAUGGAGGACAAUCAAACUCUCCCUCCUUUAGGGUUUCCAGCGAAGCCCAGAAGAUCAAUCGGAGCUUUGCGGAUGACGAUUGUUCCGACUCUUUCUACCCUGAGACUCAGCAGAUAUGGGAGAAGCUCCAGAGAUCAGGCGGCGACGGAAGGAGCAACAUCGACCGGCGUUUGUCGAGGAGCAGGACGAAGAAGAAGAACCAGGUCCUGCUCGAAGGGUAUGUCGAUUUGAGCAGAACCAGCUGCAGUGGCGCCGCCGAUGAUGAUUUGAAGAGGGCGAAGAGCUUGACGGACGACGAUCUGGAUGAGCUGAAAGGGUGUUUGGAUCUUGGGUUCGGUGGAUUUAGCUACGACGAGAUCCCGGAGCUUUGCAAUACGUUGCCGGCUCUCGAGCUUUGUUACUCCAUGAGCCAGAAGUUUCUUGAUGAUACCAAUCAGAAAUCUUCUUUUCCUGCCGAGGGAAUGGAUUCGUCCUCUGAUGGUUCUCCUGCUGAUGGAGUUGCUGCUUCAGACCAGGCUGCGUCCAGCCCUAUUGCUAAUUGGAAGAUCUCCAGUCCUGGUGAUCAUCCGGAAGAUGUGAAAGCAAGGUUAAAAUAUUGGGCUCAGGCUGUUGCUUGUACAGUCAAAUUAUGCAGCUGAUGGGUUUCGCUCAAGGAAGUUGCUUGUAUGCAAUAUGGGGAAUGGAAUCAGGGAAUUAGGCUGUGGAAGGUGAUCGAUGACCUGUAAAGUCAGGAGCUUUUGCUCGUUUGAUUCAUUCCAGCUCAAGUUCUUGCAGGAAACUGGAGAUCCUGCAUUUUCUUCAGCUAAUGUGGAGCAGCCAGGAUGAUAUCUAAUGAUCUUGGGGUUCAGGAAGAAGAAGGCGGGAGAGGGAAGGGUAUGUUUCAGGUUUUGGAUUAACUCAACAACAGUGAAAUGAUUCUUGACUUGAACUCGGUGGAAGCUAAGAUAGAUUUCUAUAUAUAUUCUUACUAUGACUAUUGUACUCAGUACAUUACUGGAGAAUAAUGAAUAAAUCUUUUUGAUGGUUAAUAUGGUUUGAUCGAUUGAUUCUCUACCAGUAUCCAGUCUGAGCUGCUGCUUAUUUAUAUGCAGUGGUAGACUUGCUACAUUAGAGCCUCCCCCAACUACUUGCUCACUGACUCUCUAUAACUCUGCCGAGGUAACUAGUCUAACUGGCACCAUUCUAUGAUUUGGUUUCGAUGAUCCUAGAUGGGCGAUUGAUGCAAAUGUUUGCUCAUCAAUUCUAACAUUACUUUAACUUUGUCGAGCGGCCAUUGUGGCCAGAGUUUCUUGAGGAACAAUGCUCACUCACUACUCCCUGAUGGCUUGAUCACAAGGAUCAAAGAUGGGAGAGUGGUUAACUUGGAAGUUAAACUCCUCUUUGUCUCAUCAAUUGUGAGAUUGAUUCUGCUGUUUCUAACAUGAUGACUGACAUGCGUAUCUGUCAUAUUGGAUAGACCAACCAUACAAUUCAGAUGGAUGGAUGACAGGGAAGAAGUCCUGCAACUGAUAUUCUCUUCACUAUUUGUUUUGGGUUCAGUUAUCGCAGAUGGGUGAACCCUUCUAGUUUUUUUCUUGGCUCUCUUUGAUUUCUAACAUCUCUCUAAAGUUUCUAGCAGCAUUAACGGACUAAUUUUUACUCGGAUAGAUGUCUCUGUAUCCAUUUGGCUGGUAGAGCAGAUGGAUGGGUGGAUGAUGUGAAGGAAGUGCUGCAAGUCUGCAACUACAUCCAUCUUACCUCCCUGAGCUUUUCUUCCUCCACCACUCCUUGCAAGUUGUGGAAUGUUUCCAAAUCACAUUGUGAAUUACAAUGUGGACAAUUAGGAUUCCAGAGUUCAAGUCUGUAGUGGUUCAUCCAGUGCUUUGGAAUCUACUAACUUACCGCCGUGGUUUCUUCUAUCAGUCGAGGAUACUUUGAUAGCAAUUUGAGCUGGUUGAUGAAACUGGUAGAUUCGUCAAUGAUUGAGUUCAGUUUUGUACAGAGAAGUAAGUCUGGUAGAAGUUAGGUGUUUGAUAUUGUCAUAUUGAAUGAUUGCAGACACCUGUUGUUUUCUUGGCGUUUGCUUGCUCGAGGAACAUUAAUGUUUCUUGGAACUCUUCUUCUUUGUUGCAAAUGUCAUGAGGAGCUCUUGUAUGGAUAUUUAUGAUCUGUAUACAAGUUUCAGACGAGCUCUGCAAAUGGGGAAAUCCAAUUUGACUACUUCCAAUGAAACGUGGUCCAUGAUUUGAUAUGGCUGAGUUGGAGUAGGGUUAUCCUUAUCUAGAAAGAUAGAUGCUCUGAAAAUGACACUGGAAGUGUUCCUGACGUUAAGCAAAUCUUUCUCACCACCACUUGCUAUUUUUUCUUGUCCCUUAUUGCAAGUUGGAAAAUCGAAUCAACUUAUAUAAGUAACAUGAUUGAUUAGUUGAUUUGGUGGUUGACUCGUACUUACUCAAUAUCUGCACAUGAAAAAUCGAGUUCCUUUUGUGUUUAUUUAUGGUUUUCAUAAGAAUUGUACUAAUGUAAUAAGAUUUUUGUCGAUGA